UCUAUUUAAUGCGCCUGCACUUCGGCAAGAAGUAUCAAACCUGCAAAAUUCGUAAGAAUAGAGGAGGGCAUUGGUAACGGUUCAUCUUUCUUCAGCUUAUUCCAGCAUUUUCAGACAUUCAUCUUGCAGUAUUUAGUUUAUUCUAGCUUCUAAAACAAUGAUUUCAUUGGUGGUCUUCUUUGCGGCUGUCGUCGUAUCGUCUGCACUUCCUGUGAUGAAACAAGAAUCGGACACAGGCACCAGCGUUUAUGACAACUUCAGUUCUGCAUAUUGGCAAAAAAUCGUCGAGCAAUACGCCGGACUUGAUCCAAAUGAAAUAGCUGCAAAAGCCAUGGAAGAAUUCUCUAAUAAUGGACUCGUGCCAUCAGCCGGACAGAGCUUUGAAGAUGUUGACUGGCAGAAGUAUCUUGAGGCCGGUGAAGAGAUGAACAACGGACAAGAUUUUAAUAAAAUGGGCGCCGAUAUGAUGGGACAAGACUUGACGCUGAACGGCAUGUCCCAGACAAAUUCUUUUGUUCCCGAUUUUAACAACAUGGACAUGAAUGAGUUAAUGAAAUAUCUCGGUAUGUCCUCGGAUUCACAGUUGCAGCAAUAGGUCAAAUUUCUAUCAAAUAAUCCAGUUUCCAGAAAGAACUUAUAACAUAGCCUUAGUCCUAAUCUAUGCCUACAGUAAAACGAAAAAUUGCUACUUUGUAUUUGAAAAAAUGCAUUUUUAAACAUUAGGCAUAUUCGAACAUAUUUACCUCAACUUUGAUGAUACCAUGUGCUAUCACCGAUGCAUUAUAUUGUAUGAUAUAGGCCUACUUCUGUCAUGAUGUAAAAUAUUUUUAAAUGUUGUAAUAAAGUAUGAGUGAAUAAAUUAAAUUUUAUGGAA